AUGAGGUCUUCUUGCCUCUUAAUAGGUACACACACACAAGACAUCCCCUCCCCUCAAUAUCCUGUCGCGUCUCCUAUCUUUUCAACACACACUGCCGAUGUCGUCCAAGAGCUGCGCACAGCACACCACCCGCACACACACACACAACCCAUCGAUCGUUUCGACGUACUCCCAACUGGACCGCGCCAUUUCAUGCCAAUGGCAACCACGCCAGUCUCAAAUAACAACAGAAUUGCAUCCCCUAGGACCCCUUUGCGCCAGGCACCCCGCGUGCAGACACAUCUCGCCACUGUAGACGCCGUAGCCGACACAGGCGCAGCGGACGAGGCAACAGGCAUCGUUCACACAUGGCCACCGCUGAGAAGCAAUGUCGGGUUGACUCAAUCAGCGUUUGUACAGGAUCUCCUCUGCUCUACUGUCGAACACCAGCCCAGCGCGACCGACCCGACGCUGCGACAGUUCGUCACCAAGACUACCGCCCAGUACCCGCAGGGCCAGGACACUUAUGCAUAUCUUAGCAUGGUGCAUGAGAUGCCCAAGAUUCGACAGGUACAUGCCAUCUCCAAGGACUUGGUUCGAAACAUGAACCCCAUUGAGCUCCGCGCCGCCCGCAACAAGAUCAAGACAGAGAAGCGACGGAACAUCAUCCUCGGACACUUGCAUCAGCACUGGCAGGAUGCCGGCUGUCACUACGCCGCAGAAUUCAACUGUCCGAAAAUUCCACAAAACGUACUCGAGUGCCUCAAGAAAAUCACCGACCUGGCCAUGAGGACAGACACGCCGCUUGCCUCGUUAUGGGCUCCCGAAGGCCCGCUACGCCGGGCUGUCAACAACCAUGAUCCUCCCAAGCUGACCAGAAGCGUUGCCGAAAACGCCCUCGCUUUGGCCCAGGCCGCCCUGAACCAAGAACUCGCACGCUCUCCUUCUCCCUCAGAGCCACGCUCCCUCUCCCCUUCUCCUUCCCCCUCCGGUCACCCGCCGCCCCAAGACGGUAACAAACCCGGCGCGUCAAUAGACUUGCAGGUCCUCUUGAACAAAACCACUAGAAAGGAAGAACGAGAGCCGUCAACAGGAGCGCAAUCUUUGCCUGCGGCCGAAACACCGCGAGGCCAGGGAUACCAAGCCACCAAAAUCCGUCGUCAAUCUGAACCCUCAGGAAGCAUCCACUCUCGUUUCGCUUCACCUUCUCCAUUGUCGGAGGGUUCCAUGGCCAGUCCCGAAAUGCCUCGGUUCAACAACAGUUUGUUUCGCUUUCCCACCAGCGGCAGCGGCAGCAACGGUGAGGAUCACGACAAGCACGACGACGAACACGACGACGACGAACACGACAAGGAAUUCGACGAGGAAGAUGCCGAUGGCUCCAUGGCAAUAUCUGUUUUUGAUGCUGACCUUUCGAUCGAGAACGCAAUAAUCGAUGUUGACUAUUCAAUCAAGAAUACUGCCCCCCUUGAUCGAAGUAAUGGUGGGGAUGACAUCGAAACGCUCCUCUCCAGAGCCAAGUACACCGCCGAGAGGGUCAUCAACGCGCUCAUCUCCUCAUCCUGGGUGCCGGACGAUGUCAUCUGGUUCGUCACCCAGACAUUUCGCUACAUCUCAUCCCAGCCGCCGGCGCUGACGGAGCGGAAUGUCUUCGUCAUGGACACCUACUGGCUGAGGUUGUACAACGAGGCACUCCCCAAAGUCAUGCCCCCCAGCGCCCUCACAGAAGCCGGCGCAGUGCUCUUGGUGCCCUUGCACCACGGCAAUCACUGGACCGCGGCCACCAUCGAAGUGACCUCAAAGAGCGUUUUCUUUCACCACUACGACUCCAUUUUCAGUUUACCAAGGUUCAAGGCCGUACAAGAUACCAUUACUCCGUGGCUAUCUCGGCUAUGUCCUGGCAGGAACAUCUUUGUGGAGUCCAAGGUGGCCCCGCAACAAGACGACAAUGUCAGCUGCGGCGUUUUCGUCACAUGCUUCAUCCAGAGCUUCCUUCGCGGCGAACACCUCCCACAGUCGAUGAAUGGGGGGGAAGAACGUCGCCGACUGCUACACGACCUACGCAAUGCCCAAGUAUCCGCAACCAUGCCUGUCUAUCUGCGGUUUAUCAUUCAAGCGAUCAAGAAAAACGAUAGCCCUGCACCUGAAGCAGCGACAACCCAAGGUCCCGCCGUGGGCUCUCCCCUCCCCCUCGCAGGGUCCAAGCGAAAGCCCGAAACAGGUUCAGACAACGAGCCUGGAACGAAGCGCAACGAAAUGCAUAGCCGCACCACGACGCAUACCAUCAACGGUGUGUCUUCAGCACCAGAGGGCUGUAUCUCCACAUGGGUCACAUCCAACGGCCCCGGGGAGCUCCGGCAGAGGAUGAUCAAGGCACGAAAUGACUUGCAGGUAGCACGCGUCACAAGAGACGACGUUUGUCGACGCCUCAACGAGGCACGGGCUCUCGAGGCUCUUCGUGACAAGAGGGCCGCACUACUGCGAAGCAUGGCCCCAAGGCUGCCCGAUGACACAGCCAUAGAGCAAGCCGGUUCUAUAUCACCUGAGGCAAAGGAGCUAGAGGACGCAGAGAGGGCCAGUUUCGAGCAACACGUCAGGCAUCUACAACAAGCCAACGAAAUGGCAGUUUUGUCAUAUCUGUCGCCAGAGCACACGGGGAGAACUGCAGCGCUCCGCGAGGAACUAGAAGAGGCUGAGAAGAAUGCACACGCAGUUGUACGGGGUCUAGUAGAUGAGCUGAGGAAGAUCGAAGCCGAGCGUAGGAAAAAGCGUGAGGAACUUGCCGAGUUGAGAAGAGCUAUUGACGCGGCGUCCAACGACUUAGAGGAGGCAGACUAA